AUGGCCGGUACAACGAGGGAGCAGCUCAACAAGCUCCAGUCACAACUCGACGCAUGGAGGGUAGACACGCUGCGGGAGAUGCGCACGCAGGGGGACGCUUUCACGACGCGCGUGGCACGUACGUUCGCCAAGUUCGGGAAGGAGCUCAACCGCGUCACGGGCUACGAGGAGAUCGAGUUGCUAAAGCGGCGUGUCGUUGAACAAGAACUCCGCAUCGGGGAAGCCCGCGAGGCCGCGCGCGCCGCCAAGGAAGCUUACUCCACCGCCGUCCUCCAGCGCGCCGACUCGCAGCGCGAAGUGACGGACCUCCUCCAGCGCAAGUCCUCCUGGACGGACGGGGAUGUGAUGCGCUACACCGCGCUCAUCCGCGAGGACCACGCGCGGGAGCAGGCCGAGGCGCGGGCGAAGGUCGCCGCCGGCGCCGCGGACGACGCCGUCGAGCGCGCGUUCUCGGACCUCCUCCGCGUCACCCUCGGCCGGUACCACGAGGAGCAGGCGUGGAGCGACAAGAUUCGGAGCGCGUCGACGUACGGCACGCUCGCGGCGCUCGCGCUCAACCUGUGCGUGUUCGUCGCCGCGACGCUCGUCGUCGAGCCGUGGAAACGCCGGAGGCUCGCGCAGACGUUCGAGCGCAAGGUGGAGGAGCUGGCGACGAAGACGGACGGGAUGUUGGAGGGGCACGCGCGGGAGAUGCAGGAGAGGCUAGAUCGGCAGGAGGCGCUGUUGCAGGCGGCGAUGGCGGUCACGACGACGGUGGCUGCGGUCGCUCCGGUCGAGGCGGAGGCGGGUGAGGUGGAGGAUAGAGGGAAGGAGGCGGAGGCGGAAGGAGGUGCGGUUGAGGGCAUACUCAGACGAAGACCACUGGACGAAAAGCAGCUCCUGCUGGUGGCAUCUGCUUCUGCGGGUUUGCUGGGCUGGCUCGCGCGUAGUUGGCUCGGAUGA